UCUUGUAUCUGUGCGAAUAUUCAGUUGACCCUAAACUCGAUCAAAGAACAUACAGGCAAAUAGUGGUCGCAUAAGGCCGCCCGAGUCGCAUAUCCAAGGCGUUACUAACCGGCUCAGCAGCUAGCUGAGACGACAGUAGAUCGAUGCAUUUUGCAACCCGAUGUUUUGCAAGGGUACGAACAAUCACUUGUUCCGGUUUCUCUUCGUGGCCCCCAGAGCCCCCCCAACCACGGAAUGACGGACAAAGGGCUGGCCAGUAACAGAGCGUCCCUUGCCCCGAACUACCUUCUUUUGUAUGGUACCUUGGGGUAUACUAGUAGUCUAGUAUGGAAGGUGCAUCUUCCCUGCCACGAGCCUCUUCCGUGGAUCUAUCACGACUCUUAGCUCGAGGAGAGUGGAUCUCGGACGAAAGCGUGUCUAACUGUAGUACCUUGACCUUACUUUCUACACGCCUCCCCUUGACGCAACCCGGCAUGAGCCAAGCUACCCCCAGGUUUAAACGCUUCCGAUACUGACCGAACCCGUCCUGUCCAACAAGUUUAUAACUAUGAAGGACCCCGUCCAUCGAACAGCUUCUCCUUUCUUGAACUCUCUCGUUAAAGCUCCUCGUUCCAGCAUUGCAUCCUCCCAUAAUCUGAGAAACGUCGACGCCUACAACAAAGCAACAUUUGCAACCAUGAUCCACAACAACGUCAACAAGACCUCGCUGCACCCGAGUGGUGUCCAGGCACAUAUCCCCCAUGAACACACCGAGCUAGAGGAGGAACUGCACGAGAAGGCACACAUCGACUACGACAGGGUCGCUAUUAUCCCCAACCCGUCAGUUCCGGCACUGUAUGAGGAUGCAUUGGUGUACGAGCCCGGCUCGGCCAUAUCAUCAACGGGUGCUCUCACAGCGUACUCGGGUAACAAGACGGGUCGUUCUCCCUUGGACAAGCGAGUUGUCAAGGAGCCGACAUCAGAAAACGACAUCUGGUGGGGACCCGUUAACAAGCCCAUGAGCCCUGACGUCUGGAAGAUCAACCGUGAGCGCGCCAUCGACUACCUCAACACAAGGAGUCGUAUCUACGUUGUCGACGGGUAUGCUGGAUGGGACGAGAAGUACCGGAUCCGAGUGCGCGUGGUUUGCGCUCGUGCCUACCAUGCCCUCUUCAUGCGCAACAUGCUCAUUCGCCCGCCUCGUGAGGAGCUCGAGCACUUCCAGCCCGACUACACCAUUUACAACGCCGGAACUUUCCCCGCCAAUAGGUAUACCGAGGGUAUGACUUCAGGCACCUCAGUCGCCAUCAACUUCGCUGAGAAGGAGAUGGUCAUCCUGGGUACCGAAUAUGCCGGUGAGAUGAAGAAGGGUAUCUUCACCGUCUUGUUCUACGAGAUGCCCAUCAAGCACAACGUGCUCACGUUGCAUUCGUCUGCGAACGAGGGCAAGAACGGAGACGUCACACUCUUCUUCGGUCUGUCGGGUACUGGCAAGACCACGCUGUCAGCUGACCCCAACCGCAUGCUGAUCGGUGAUGACGAGCACUGCUGGAGCGACAGCGGUGUCUUCAACAUUGAGGGUGGUUGCUACGCAAAGUGCAUCGGUCUCUCGGCCGAGAAGGAGCCCGAUAUCUUUGGUGCCAUCCAGUUCGGCUCAGUCCUCGAGAACGUCGUAUUUGACCCUAACACUAGGGUCGUCGACUACGAUGACUGCACCCUGACCGAGAACACCCGAUGUGCCUACCCCAUCGAGUACAUCUCCAACGCCAAGAUCCCCUGCCUGUCCAACAACCACCCCAGCAACAUCAUCCUCCUGACCUGCGACGCCCGUGGUGUUCUCCCGCCGAUCUCCAAGCUCAACAGCGCCCAGACCAUGUUCCACUUCAUCUCCGGUUACACCUCCAAGAUGGCCGGUACCGAGGACGGUGUUACUGAGCCGCAAGCCACUUUCUCGUCAUGCUUUGCCCAGCCCUUCCUGGCCCUGCACCCGAUGCGCUACGCCAAGAUGUUGGCUGACAAGAUUGAGCACCACAACGCCAACGCCUGGUUGCUCAACACCGGUUGGGUCGGUGCCGGUGCCGCUCAGGGUGGCAAGCGCUGCCCUCUCAAGUACACUCGUGCCAUUCUCGACGCCAUCCACUCGGGCGAGCUCGCCAAGCAGGAGUACGAGACGUAUGAGGUCUUUAACCUCCAGGUGCCCAAGAGCUGCCCUGGCGUGCCCUCGGAGCUGCUCAACCCCAAGGCCGCCUGGACCGCUGGGAACGACAGCUUCGACACCGAGGUCAAGAAGCUUGGUGGCCUGUUCCUUGAGAACUUCAAGAAGUACGAGAGCGAGGCUACUGAGGAUGUCAUCAAGGCCGGUCCCGUUGUCUGAUUGGCAUGACUUAUUUUCUUUUCACAUUUGAACACCUAUUCCGACUUUCAUCUCGACGAAAAAGGUUGAGACACACCCUUUUUCCUUAUCAUGUCGUAAUUCAUGGGUUUGCACGGGGUUGUUUUCUACAUUAAGCCUCUUUGGUCAUAUAUUCUGGUUUUUUGUUUACAUUUGUUUUGGGUAGUCAGCCUUCACCUCAUGAAAAGUAGGUAUGACAUGGGUAUGAUUUCUAGUUAUUGGGUUAGUCUUGUUGUUCACGACGACUCCUGGAGACUGAGACAACAAGGUGCUUGGGUGGGUUGCGUGGGAUGGAAGACGUUCAUAUGUUCAUAGUCCAAAGGGAAUCGAAUCCCUGAGUAGGACAAGUUAAAUUAGAGGAAAAAAAAAGAUUGAUACUUCAUUUGACUACUUCUAGGAUGCUUGAAGGAAGGAAUGAUAACCUGGC